GCCCCUGCUCUCUGACAGGUCCUUACCAGAAAGCCGGGGUACACGGCUACAGAUCACCAGCUGCUCACCAGCGUUUUAUAAUACUCCCUUAUCUUUUCGAUUCAAAACGUCCGUCCUUUAAAACAUGGUGACUAAUUAAAUAAAAAGGCGAAACAUGGCGCAGAAGGAUACUCUGUUGCAUCUCUUCGCCGGGGGAUGCAGUGGCACUGUGGGGGCCAUUGUCACCUGCCCACUGGAGGUGUUAAAGACGCGACUGCAGUCAUCUGGCCUCACCCUCCGGCCCGUUUUCCAGGUCCAGCUUGGUACCCUGAGUGGCACUGGGGUUAUUAGACCGGGGACUGUUUCCCCAGGCCUGCUGCAGGUGCUCAGAUCGAUUCUUGAAAAAGAGGGACCAAGUUCUCUUUUCCGUGGACUGGGGCCGAAUCUUGUGGGUGUCGCCCCUUCAAGAGCCAUCUACUUUGCUGCAUAUUCAAAAUCGAAAGAGAUGUUCAAUGGGUUGUUUGUCCCCAACAGUGGACUGGUCCACAUGUCCUCAGCUGGUACUGCAGCUUUUGUUACCAAUUCUCUGAUGAACCCCAUCUGGAUGGUCAAGACCAGGAUGCAGCUGGAGAAGAAAGCCCGAGGAGAGAAGAAGAUGAAUGCGCUGCAGUGCGCCCGCUACGUUUACAGAACAGAGGGAGUGCGUGGCUUCUACCGUGGCCUCACAGCGUCCUAUGCAGGCAUCUCGGAGACCAUGAUCUGCUUCCUCAUCUACGAGACUCUGAAGAAGCACCUCGCCAAGAGGCAGUUUGCCUCCCCGAACGGAGAUGAGAAGGGAGCAUCAGACUUCCUGCGGUUGAUGAUGGCGGCAGCUUUUUCAAAGGGCUGUGCGUCCUGCAUAGCUUACCCACAUGAGGUCAUCCGGACGAGGCUGCGGGAAGAAGGCAGCAAGUACAAGUACUUCUUCCAGACGGGGAGGUUGAUAGCUGUGGAGGAAGGCUAUGCAGCUUUUUACAGAGGACUCAUUCCACAGCUGAUUAGACAAAUCCCCAACACGGCCAUCGUCCUGUCCACCUAUGAACUCAUCAUCCACCUGUUGGGAGAUUCCAAAUGACAUUGUGUUUGAAAAGUCAGGACUUUUCCUCACACGCAAUGGAUUCCACACAAAAUACACAGUGCGAGAGGCUGAAGAAAUAUUAGCACAUCUUUUUUCUUUGAAAGCAGUUGUGCACAGACUGCUGUGAUGAAACUGUAGCAGUUUGUUCUGUCAUCCAAAGAGUCAAACACAUUAUUUAAUUCAGAGCUUGUUAGUUUAUCAACACAAAGCCUCGGUACUGAAAGUUGCACAUCUUUGGAUGAAGGUCAUGUUCAUAGGCGACUAGUUUUAAGUUAACUAAAUUAUUAUUUGUUUUGUAAUUUUGCAGAUAUUUUGUUUUAUCACUGUACAAUGAGAAUUGACGUGGAAAGGUUCACACGUUGGUUAACGAUAUCAUUCAGGAGAAGUUGUAAUACUAGUGCUGUUUUUUUUGCUUUGUAGUGGCAUCAAGGCCUACUUUAAGAGUUUUGUUUUACAAUCUGUUUGAAGUUGAUGUUUGAGCUGCAAAGAGAUUUAUUGUAUUUUUCCAUAAAUGCACAACUCUACAGAGA